AGCUCCUGGGCUCCACCAAGAAGAUCAAUGUCAACUUCCAGGACCCAGAUGGCUUCUCAGCUCUGCACCAUGCGGCCCUGAACGGCAACACGGAAUUGAUCAGCCUGCUGCUGGAGGCCCAGGCUGCUGUGGACAUCAAGGACAACAAAGGCAUGCGGCCGCUGCACUAUGCGGCCUGGCAGGGCCGGAAGGAGCCCAUGAAGCUGGUGCUGAAGGCAGGCUCGGCUGUGAACAUCCCGUCUGAUGAGGGCCACAUCCCCCUGCACCUGGCAGCCCAGCACGGUCACUAUGAUGUGUCUGAGAUGCUGCUACAGCACCAGUCUAACCCGUGCAUGGUGGACAACUCGGGGAAGACGCCCCUGGACCUGGCCUGCGAGUUCGGCCGCGUUGGGGUGGUCCAGCUGCUCCUCAGCAGCAACAUGUGUGCGGCGCUGCUGGAGCCCCGGCCGGGAGAUGCCACCGACCCCAACGGCACCAGCCCUUUGCACCUUGCAGCCAAGAAUGGCCACAUCGACAUCAUCAGGUAGAGCCGGUGGCAGGGAGGGCCUCAGCCUUAGGGUCCCCAGGGUUCAGCAGCAGCCUGGGGCUCAGGGCACCAGCUUCUGGCUUGGGGAUAGGGCAAGAGCAGGCAGGGUCCCAGGUCCCUGGUCAGGCCUCUGGCAUGGCCUCCAGGGCUCAUGUACAGUAUGAGCUGGAGGGGCUGGGAAAGGGGCUUCUGUGACUUCUCUGUCCCGGCCCCGUUGCUCCUGGGUGCGCUCGAGGAGGUGCUGAACUUCCCUGAGCCUCACUUUCCCAUCCAAAAGUGGGGUUCACAGCAGCGCCUACGCUAGCA